GCUCUUCUUUGACCUGAAAUAACCCCUGUUAAGUUCGCAAACUUUCACCAUUUGAUGGAAUCAGACAACGGAGUCUUCAAAACAGCCGGAGGCGUUUUGGACAUGCCUCAAACUCUGCGUAACUCUGGGCCCCUUGAACCGGAAAAACUUCAUCUCAGCCAGGAAGCAGGAGAAUCGCCAUUUUUGGGGCGCAAUGCCGAAAGAAACACCGGAAGGAGUGGACGAUUUUCUUCGGGGCAGCCGGAGAGCUCUCCCGCCAAGACUUCGGAGAAAACUCCGUUACUGAUCAACAACGGAGGCCGUGAAGUCGGACUGCAAGAGAUAUCAAGCAAGUCAAGAAAACCUGGUAGAAGAAAACCGAAAAAAGUUUGGCGCCAGAUCGCCAUGAAGAGACAGUCUCUCGACGCCGGACGGCGCUAUUUCCACGCCAGUGGCGAAUACAGCGACAGCGUCGUCGUUUCCAUGCCGACGUCGGAGGAAAAAGACGCUACCAACUGCAAGCAGUCUCGUCACCUACCCAAGUGGGCAUGGUACCUUGUAGCAAGGUCCUUAGGGAUUAAACUUAAGGAGAAGGAUCGACCGUGGUUUGGGACUUUUCUGUACCUUCUGACCCUCAUGAGUGGGCUCGCGCUGGGGAUAUGUACAGCUUGGAGAACUGUAGUAGACAUUUUAGACAUUCACACAAGUCAGAACGCUGUCGAUGGGACCAUUCACGUGUUGCUGACGAUGGGUUGGAUUUCGGUCGGCAUCUAUGCGAACGGUCUUGCCUUCAAACUGUUUUCAAACAAGCAUUUUUACGACAGCGUCCGCGUGCACUCGAAGACGAUUUUCAAGAUGAACGCAGUGUUGUUGAUCAUCUUUCUGUGUGCCUUGUUCGGCGCUUUGACUAAUUACAACAAGUUCGAGCAGUUCAUGCCAGAACAUUGCGAGAAGAUAAACCUGAACCCGUGGAUAUGUUAUGUGAUGUACGUCGGACGAGUUGUGUUCUCGCUGUUUUGUUUGGGCUGGAAUGCACUGGUGGCUACGAUCUGUCUCUCUGUGUGUCGGACACACACCAUAGCCAUCAGAAAGUUUAUAAAGGACCUGGAGGAGGAUGGGAUGGCGAUCGACACUGUGAGGUUUCUGAAGGGAGGGCGGUACCUCACCAUCGAGAUGUCAGGAGAGUUCGGCGACUGGCUCAACGUGGAGCAGACAGAAGUCUUACUCUAG